AUGGCGACGAUGUCCCUCGCCGCGGCCUCACCCCUCACCGCCUCCACCCCCCGCGGCCUCGCCGUGCCCGCGCCCCGCGCGCCAUUCCUCGGCCUCCGCGCAUUUGGCGCGUCGGCCACGCGGUUCGCGGGGCUGGCGGCGGCGCCGCGGCCGUCGGGGAGGGGCGAUGCGGCGGUGGUGAGGAUGGCGAAGAGGGAGCAGGAGCUGGAGGAGAUUCGGGCCAUGGAGACGGAGAGUCUGGAGCAGGAGGUGGUGGACCUCAAGGGGGAGCUCUUCCUGCUCCGCCUCAAGCGCUCCGCGCGCCAGGAGUUCAAGUCCAGCGAGUUCGGCCGCAUGCGCAAGCGGGUUGCUCGUCUGCUGACUGUGAGAAGAGAAAGGGAAAUUGAACAAGGAAUCAACAAAAGAAAUUCUAGGAAGCUUGACAGGAAAUGGAAACUGGGUAUUGUGGUUGGACCACCACCAUCUCUAAGGGAGAAGAAGGAGGAGGACUAG